CUGCUCUUGCUCUCUCUCUCUCUCUCUCCCUCCCCUCCCUCGCAGUCUGUCAGGCGCACGAGCGCAGGCAGCGCAAACCCCGGGACCCGUCCUGCUUCCACACCGUUCCUCCACACGCAGGGAUGGGAGAUCCAGCCUCCGGGACGCAGGGAGCCAAUGCCAGCAGUAUUCCUUCUCUCUCCCACAGCUUCUCUUGACAAAAGGGGACAGCAGAAGACCUGGAUAAAAGACCACAUUCUUCAGCUGCCAGCUUCUUCUGAGAGUUCCACACCCAGGACCCAGGAGGCCCACAGAACGCUGCACUUCACCCAGCCAGGAGCCCCUCCUCCACAGCACCGCCGAAGAUGAAGUCCGACGGGCUGGGGGGACCCACGCAAACCGCCAGCACUACGCCCGGGGACGGCGAAGCGGGCGGGGCCAAAAACGGCAAAGACAAGAGCAAGGUAGCCAAGCCCGGGGAGAAGAGCACCCCAGCCAAGACCAGGAUGGCAGCCAGGGACAAGCCGGAGCUGAAUGGCGUGGCGAAAGCCGAGGUCCCGGGGGUGAGGCGGGAGAAUCCAGCCGCCGGCGGCGCCACUGUGAAUGGAAUCCGGGGCUCCCCCACUGGCAAAGACAGGAAGCCCAACUCAGGCACCCGGCCCAAGGCCCACGCCACCCCCACGGCCCAGCCCAAGCCUGCUAAACCUCAGAAGAGCACCUCGGGGAAGGACCCCUCGCAGGGCCCCGACGGCCCCGCCCCCCAGCCCUCUCUCAGCGCCUCCACCUCCGGCAGCGCCUCCCCCGAAAACAGCACCAGCAGCCCCCGCAACUCCACCCCAGGCCACAGGCCAAAGACUGCAGCCAAGGCAGUGACCAGAUCUCCUGUGACCAAGAACCCUCAGAAACCCGAUCCUACCAAGACUAACAGCACCACAAACAAAACAAACGCGAAGGAGCCCAGCAAGGCCAAGCCCCCAGCGGCAGGCAGGUCAGCAACGGGGACGCCUGGGUCCAGGGCCGACCCAAAAGGGAGAAGCACACCCGUCACCGCCCUGGGAGAUAAUCACGCUGGGAGUGCACGGAAACCAGCUUCCCCCAGGAAAGAGGACAGCAAGGACAGCCCUAAGGCCACAUUGGGGGACAGACCAGCUGGCGAUGCUGCCAAGAAGAAGGUCACCAAGGCCACGCCCACCACAGGAACAGAUGCCAAAACCAGUACCAAAUCAACAAAGUCUGUCUCGGGACCCUCCAAGCCAGCACCCCUCUCUGGAGCCAAAAGCGUUCUGAAACAGAAAAGUACCCCCGAGUCACCCACGGCGAAGGGUUCCCCUAAAUCAGCAGGAACGGAGAAACAACCUCCCAGUGGAUCAAAGAAGCCAGCAGCUAAAAUAAAGUCCAAUCAGAAGAGCCAAGCAGUUAAGAGUAGUGGACCUGAACAUGGUGUUUCUGGACGUGUCUCAGAGGAGAUGUCAAAAGACCGGAAGGAUGGAGCAGAGCAUGGUGGGAGUAGAGCUGAAAAGCCUUCACCCCACAUCCCUGACCUCAGCACAGCACAGCAGGACCCUCAUGACAAUGGAAGCGUUUUAGCUGGGCCAGAGGAGCAGCAGGGCCAGCCUCAGGCCCACAGUCCAGCACCAGCACAGAGCAACGGCAUUUCAGAGAGCCCAGCCCGCAGUGACUCACCCGGGCCAACAGAGGGAGCCACUGGGAGACAGACACCAGGUGGCACCAUCCCGUCCCGCAUCUGCAGUGGCCGUGGGCUUGGAUCACCGAAUUCGCCCAAAGACGUGGACCUGCUGGGGACGGCGGGCAGCCAGGAGGGCUCAGAGACGCCCCUGGAGGACUCAUGGAGCGUACCCCACCAGCAGGGCAGCCCCGAGUCAGAGACAGGCAGCGCCGCCACCACCUCCUCGGAUGACAUCAAGCCCCGCUCGGAGGACUACGACGCAGGUGGCUCGCAGGAUGACGACGGCUCCAACGACCGCGGCAUCUCCAAGUGCGGCACCGUGCUCUGCCAUGACUUCCUGGGCCGCAGCAGCAGCGACACCAGCACCCCGGAGGAGCUGAAGAUGUACGACGCGGGGCUGCGGGCGGAACUGCGUCUGAGGGCGCGGGACAUGGCCGACCCUUUCCACGGACACUCCACCAGCGAGGAGGAGGCCGGCCGCCGCCAGCGGCCGCGGUCCUGGCUGCGCCAUGACGACGCCCCCGUGGAGGAGGAGCCGGGAGAGGAGGAGACCACCUCCGCGGUCAAGAACGUCCCCAACCACCAGCUCUUCUCUUCUGAUGAGGAAGAGGAGGAGGAGGAAGAGGAGACGGAGGACGAGAGGUCAGAGGCAGAGAUCCCCGGGGAUGCCCCGCUCCCGCCGGCUGACCCCUCCCCCCACCAGUUCCAGGGCAUCGUCAACCUGGCCUUCGAGGACAUCGGCGAGCAGGAGAACGAGCUGCCGGGCUACAAGUCCGCCUCCAACUUCCGCCGCUCCAUCCUGCUUUCGGUGGACGAGUGCGAGGAGCUGGCGUCCGAGGAGGCGGGGGGGCAGACCCCCCCGCAACAACCCAGCGACCACCCCACGCCCAGUGAGGUCUUCGACGGUGCCCCCAAUGACCUCCAGGCAAAGCAAGACUGGCUCAACGACGCCCCACCAAUCAAAGGAACCGUGUCUGGGGGCAGGGAGGACGUCUACAUGGAUGGGUGGGGGGAGGAGGGGGAAUCCAAGGACGGCCUGACCCGGAGGGGCAUCCAGGAGGAGCCGAGCGCAGUCACGGCCGGCGACCUGCUCCCCGACCACGACACUAGUGACCUACGACCUCAGGAGAGGCCCUGCCACCUGGACCUCCAGCACACCGAGCAAUACUCCGAAGGCGGGCCUCUGAGGAAGCCCCUGGCCGAACCCGUGGACGACAGGAAGGACUUUCACCUGGACUUGCAUGAGCGUCAGCAGGCAGGGAGCUCUCCUGUACCCACUGCCCACCUCGCACCUUCCCCUGCAGGGGACUUGGGAACUGAUGAUUGUGACAGAUUGGAUCAAACCUGCACAUAUGACCGUCGCCCGUCCAAAACCCUCUCUCCCAUUUACGAGAAGGACACGGGAGCAGCCUUUGAGCGGGCCGCGGAUGCAGACACGUGCGUUUCGGUGCACCGGGAGCAGCCGCCGGGGGAGAUGGAAAUCGAGGCCGGGGAGGACGACGGCUACGAUGACAACAGCCGGUUCGCGGAGCGGGACUGGAUUCUGCUGCGGCAGCUGCUCUCGGACCAGGAGAGCAGCCUCGGCAUCAUAAACUGCGUGCCUGAGGACCUGAACCUGGCGCAGUACCUCAUCAAGCAGACGCUGGUGCUGUCCCGCGACUGUCUCAAGGCGCAAGCGAGGCUGCCCCACGAGCAGGAGCCCUUCAAGCGGUGGGCUGAGCUGAUCUCCCCGCUGGAGGACUCCACCCCCAGCAUCACCGUCACCAGCUACUCCCCUGAGGACGCCGCCUCGCCCCAGGGCGAGUGGACCAUCGUGGAACUGGAAACGCACCACUGAGGAGAGCGUAGGUGGGGCUCUGAGGCCAUCCCUUUGAACUCUAAAGCUCUUCCGAUUGCAAACAGUCAUUUCUCUUUUUUUCUACCAUCUCGGUUUAACUACCUACCGUACAAGGAACAUUCUAGGCUUUUUUGAUGGACUGCAGAUUAGGCUGUUUUCGCAUGUGAAUAUUUUUUGUAUGUUUACUGGUUUACUUGAUGUGGCUGCUUUGACUUUCAUAGAAAAUGGCAGGCGUGUUUCUUUCUCAUGUUGCCCUCCGUCCCCUCCAUAACGAAGCUUUGACAAUGGUGUUUUGCUGCGAAAAUAGAAAACAUGCCGUUCAAGCUGUUUGGUUUGCAUUCAUUGUCCUAUUUAUGACUAAAUAA